UUUUUCCUUCGUAUAUAAGCACCUAAAACCUAUCCUCCUCCGCCUCUCUUCCUCCGUCUGUAGUCAGCAGCCAUGGCGGCCGCCUCCCUGUCCGCUUCUACUCUCAUUUCCUCUUCUGCUGCUGCUUCUUCUGCUUCUGCCUCUUCUCGUCUUCGUGAGGGAAGAUGUCCCCUCAAGUCCGUUUCCCUCUCGUCCUCUGCCUGUCUAUCCUCCCAGACGCAGCUUCUCCGGGCGACGUGGAAGAGCAGAGAGGGAAGGGGAGCUCUCGGGGCUCAGAUGGUAACAGUGCCGGCGGUGAAGCAGGAGACGGUUCUCGAUUUCGAGACCUCCGUCUUCAAAAAGGAGAAGGUUACUCUUGCCGGCCACGAUGAGUACAUUGUGAGAGGAGGGAGGGAUCUUUUCAAGCUGCUGCCUGAUGCAUUCAAGGGAAUUAAGCAGAUCGGAGUUAUUGGAUGGGGUUCGCAGGGCCCUGCUCAAGCUCAAAAUUUAAGAGAUUCACUUGCUACGGUAAAUUCAGACAUUGUGGUGAAGAUCGGUUUGCGGAAAGGAUCCCGUUCGUUUGCUGAGGCACGCGCUGCUGGUUUUACAGAAGAAAAUGGAACCCUUGGUGAUAUCUGGGAAACUGUUUCAGGCAGUGACCUCUUGUUGCUAUUGAUCUCAGAUGCAGCUCAGGCAGAUAACUAUGAGAAAAUCUUCUCGCAUAUGAAGCCAAACAGCAUUCUUGGGCUUUCACACGGAUUCCUGCUUGGACAUUUGCAGUCCCUGGGGCAAGAUUUCCCAAAGAACAUCAGCGUAAUUGCUGUUUGCCCAAAGGGAAUGGGGCCAUCUGUAAGAAGGUUGUAUGUCCAGGGCAAGGAGAUAAAUGGGGCUGGGAUCAAUUCUAGUUUUGCAGUUCAUCAGGACGUUGAUGGAAGAGCAACAGACGUUGCAUUAGGAUGGUCAGUAGCACUUGGAUCUCCUUUUACCUUUGCCACUACCUUGGAGCAGGAAUACAAAAGCGACAUUUUUGGGGAGCGAGGAAUAUUACUUGGUGCGGUUCAUGGAAUUGUCGAGGCACUCUUUAGAAGAUACACUGAACAAGGGAUGGAGGAAGAACUGGCUUAUAAGAACACAGUUGAAGGCAUAACUGGUAUAAUAUCAAAGACCAUCUCAACAAAGGGUAUGUUGGCAGUAUACAAUUCUCUUAGCGAAGAAGACAAAAAGCAAUUUGAAAUCGCAUACAGUGCAUCUUACUACCCCUGCAUGGAGAUAUUGUAUGAAUGCUAUGAAGAUGUUGCUUGUGGCAAUGAGAUCCGUAGUGUUGUCUUGGCUGGUCGCCGCUUUUAUGAAAAGGAUGGGCUACCAGCUUUCCCUAUGGGCAACAUUGAUCAGACAAGGAUGUGGAAAGUUGGAGAGCGAGUUCGAUCAGUCAGGCCACCGGGUGAUCUGGGUCUGUUGCAUCCAUUUACUGCAGGUGUCUAUGUUGCUCUCAUGAUGGCCCAGAUUGAAGUGCUGAGGAAGAAGGGACACUCAUACUCCGAGAUUAUCAACGAGAGUUUGAUUGAAGCUGUGGAUUCUCUGAACCCAUUCAUGCAUGCCCGGGGAGUCUCAUUUAUGGUUGAUAACUGUUCAACAACCGCACGGCUGGGAUCAAGAAAAUGGGCUCCUCGUUUUGAUUACAUUCUUACCCAGCAGGCACUCGUAGCCGUGGACAAGGAAACACCCGUCAACCGGGACCUUGUGAGCAACUUCUUGUCUGACCCAGUUCAUGGUGCGAUAGAGGUUUGUGCUCAGUUGAGGCCAACAGUUGACAUUUCUGUGACUGCUGAUGCAGACUUCGUAAGGCCAGAGCUGCGGCAAUCAAGCUAGAAAAUUGUCCUUAUUGGAUUGUUAGUUUGUCUGUCUGUGCUUCUUACCUGUAUGAGGAAAGUCACACCCGGUCUAGAUUUUAACAUUUUGAGCUUUGGGAAAGAACACGCGGCGAGUGUUAAACUGGUUAGUGUUAGUGUGCUCUAAUAAUAUUAUUUCAUAAGAUCAUUCAGUAUUCA